UCCAUGGCCCUGCGUCUCUGGUGGCUGAUCGGGAUGAUCUGUAUCAUUAACGGUCAUGGUCAGCUGUCCAAGACUAGGCGGGGCUACCUCAGGUGUCGGACAGGUGUGACUCUGGAGGUACAUCCGGAUGGUGUUAUAAACGGAACCAAGGGAAAAGGUGGAAAAUUUGCAAAUCUGCAAAUAAUCGUCAGCAAAGAAGGACGGAAUGUGACUUUUUUUGGGAUCCAUUCGAAAUUUUACCUCUGCAUGUCUUCUGAUGGAAAACUUUAUGGAAGUAAAUUGAUGAUGAAGGAGUGCGUUUUUAAAGUUCUGGAGCUUCCGUACCACUUCACUUCUUACUAUAGAAGAAUAGGAAGGAGAAAGAACUUGUUCAUGGGACUCUCUCGGUCGGGGAAGCCCAGGUGGGGACGACAAAGGAGCAAAAGGACGCAAUUCAUUUGGUCCAAAAGCAGAAAUAAGAGAGAAUACCGAAUCAAGUGGAAACCUCCGCAGUUAAAGAAGCAAACCAAAAACUUAAAGAAAAAUACCAAUGGAUUAUUAUAAGACUAGUGAAGAACGGGAACAUUAUUUAUUUGAAACACAAUAUUUCUAUAAUUAAAUAAUAUUACAAUGAAUUAGAUGAUAAUGAAAGUAUUGAUAUUUACUUGGAUUGAAUCAUGCGUUAUGAACUGCAUUUCUGUCAAAAGGAUUUUAAAUCACUUCGAACUCUCGUUUUGUUAUUUUUUACGACUGUGAUGUGAAAAUCCUAGCACAAAAACUACAUGUGUAUUUACUUCCAUGUAUCAUG